AGUCUUGAUAGAUAUAACAUGAUGCUGCCUUUACACUCGAUUCUACUCAUUGGCGUCAUCAAUGCAUUUUCUUUUCAUGUAAAAGGCGAAGAUAUCCAAAACAUGAUAAAUAAGUGUUGCCAAUCAGGAAGUAAUGCAACGCAUAUUUCGGAGUGCGAGAACACUAGCUCAGUAGAAGGAGUUUCGUCAGCUUACGAGAGUUAUUGUCACACAGCUAAAAUGUUAUGUUGUGUAAAUGCUGUGAGAGAAACGGAAUGUACGAAAGGCAUUGAGUCAGCAAAAGCCGGGAGGUCCUGUGCCGAAGAAUUCUCAAGAGGAAAGGAAGUGUGUACAUUGGAUCGUAUCAAUUGUUGCAAGGCUUGUGCUAUUGGUUUAGAAUCCUCAAUCCUAGGCGUGGGCUGUAACCUUGGAAGAACUUCUUUUGGUGGGUUAUGGGACGGAGCUUACACGAAGUGCUGUGAGAGCAAUCAGGAUCACAGAUCAUCCAAAGAGAACGAAAGAGAUCCAAGUAAGAACAUGUGUCUAAUGUUGCCUGAUGAACUUUGUCAUCAUAACUGUGUUCCUUCUGGACAGUCUUACAGGUGCACCUGCAGACCUGGAUGGACUUUGAUGUCAGAUGGCAAGUCCUGCACACCCGUAGAAAGAAAAUGUAUAGGAUGUUCAGAAGAAGAUUGUAUACAGACAGUAGCCGGUGAAAUGGUUUGUAUAAAUUGUCCUGAAAAACAUCAUUUAGAUGCGGACAAUAAAACAUGUGUUCGGGAUGAGGACAGGCCUCCGACGCCGAUUUGCCUUGAAGGUUUUCGACUCAAGCAACUUGUUAAUCAAGAUCCUCUUUGUGAAGAUAUUGACGAAUGUUCCGAAGGUCUUAAUCUUUGCAGCGAAAACGAUAAAUGUGUGAACACGAUAGGAUCAUAUAGGUGUACUCCUCGAGCAACCUCCCGAAAGCACCCCACGGUCAGGUGCAGGCGUGGAUUUGUCUUCAGUAAACAGCAUGGUACCUGCAUUGAUAUUGAUGAAUGUGCUGAAACUGAAGAUCCUCCCUGUGACAGUAAUCAAAACUGUGUCAAUACAAAUGGCAGUUUUGAAUGCAUAUGUAAAACAGGAUUCAAGCAGGAUGCAGUAACUCUUGCCUGCGUUGACAUAAAUGAGUGCCAGCAAAGAACCCAUGAUUGUGUUGACUACCAGAGAUGUGACAAUACGCUUGGUUCUUAUGUUUGCGUGCGAGAUAUUAAUUGCGGAACUGGAUACACACUUAACUCUCAGUCUGGGAAAUGUGAAGAUGACGAUGAAUGUGCAUUGGGGACACAUACUUGUAAACUACUGGGCGUGGAUUAUGAAUGCAGGAAUACCCAAGGCUCCUUCAGGUGCAUUAAGAAGAUAGAAGAGUGCACUGGCCUUAGCUGCAGUGGCCAACUAACACAGCACUGCCCUUCUGGCUAUAGGGUCACUGGUUCCACCUGUGUAGAUAUUGAUGAAUGUGAAGAAGGAUUGGCAAGAUGCGGUGCAGAUCAAAGGUGUAUCAACAUCAGAGGCAACUAUCUUUGUUCUGAUCUCGUCUCAUGCAAACCAGGACUGAAAUUGAAUACUGCCAAGACACAAUGUAUAGAUAUUGAUGAAUGCGCUGAGCAACAAGGAUUGUGUAGUCAUUAUUGUGACAACCGGUGGGGUACGUAUAGAUGCCGGUGCAAGCCUGGUUUUAAACUCAAUUUCGAUAAUAGGACAUGCAUAGACAUCAACGAGUGUGAAGAUGGCCCUCAGAGAUGUCAAGCGUACUGUAUCAACCAGCAGGGGUCCUACACCUGUUCUUGUCCGCCUGGAUACAGAACCAUUGGCUUCAAGAAUCAAUUAUGCCAAGAUAUUAACGAAUGCCAAGGCUCUGACCCGGUAUGUAAUGAUGAAGAUGUUUGCGUAAACAUCGCAGGAUCCUACAGGUGUAAUCCUAUCAACUGCCCACCAGGUUAUAGAAAAGAUGGAGCUAAGAGAAAUCGGUGUUACAAAGAAGACCCCCGCUGCUUAGCUGAUGACUUAGAAUGUACAAGGCAACCAACAGCAUACAGCUAUAAUUACUUAAGUAUGGUAUCCAAUUUCACCAUUCCCAGAAAUGGUUUGAAAUUAUUUACAAUUUCAAGUAGCUGGACAACCACAGCACCAGAUUUCACACUUGAACUGGCUCAGGCCCGCGUUCCGGCUGGAGUAAAACCUGCAACUCGCAGUGAUUUCAACUUGAAUAAACAAUACGGGGAAGCCACCAUCGAGUUGCUCAAGUCACUCAUUGGCCCCCAGGAAAUCCAACUAGAACUCAAGACUGUUUUUUAUAAUAAUGGAAGAAUCUUAUCGACACAAAUAUCAAGUUUAGAAAUUUAUGUGUCAAUGUAUACGUUUUAAAUUAUUGACAUGUUCUAAUUUAUGAAAAAAUAAAUUAAAGUGAUGUACUUAUUUUAUGAGUUUUUAUGUUUUGCGAGAUCAUGUUUUAGGGUAAUUUUUUUUCGUAAGCUAUAGAUGAUAUCAAUAUCAUAAAAAUAUCACUUUUUAGCAUUUUUAUGUAAAUAAUGUAGAGAAAACAACCGUUGCCUGUAAGUUAUAAUUAUUUGAUAUUCCAGAAUGAAAGUGACAUUAGAAAAACAUGGAAAUAACUUAUUUCAGCGAAUUAAUAUUUUUAAAAACUUACAAUUUACAGGCGAUUGUAUUUCUUGGGAAAUCAGGCUGCCAUAUAUAUAGAAAAUAGUACAGAUAUGCAAUAAAAUAU